GUACACGAUGUAAAACAUUAAUCGUUCGACGUUUAAUCUAUAUAUGAACAUACGACAAUAAACGUUGGGCGUUUCGGACUAUAGUAUCAAAAUUUAGUUUUGAAAAAAAAUUCAAACGGUUUCGAGAAAAUACAAUAGGAACGAUGGCUAAGAUAUUAUUUUUGUGGUUGGUGACUUUGCUCAGUGUAUAUAUGACGGAACAAGCGUAUUUUCUGCAAGAAGAUUUCAUCGAAAAGAUCAACGAAAAAGUAACGACAUGGAAGGCCGGUGUUAACUUCAAUCCAAAAACACCGAUUGAAGAAUUCAUCAAACUUCUGGGAUCAAAAGGAGUUCAAGCCGCACAUAAACUUAAUCCUAAAAUGUACAAAUCAGAAGACGAAGCUUAUGUAAACCUGUUUGGUAGAAUUCCAAGUAAGUUUGAUGCAAGGAAAGAAUGGAGACGUUGCUAUACGAUCGGAGUAAUCCGUGACCAAGGAAAUUGUGGAUCAUGUUGGGCGUUAGCCACGAGUUCAGCAUUUGCCGAUCGUCUAUGUAUAGCCACAGAUGGAGAAUUCAAUGAGCUGUUAUCCGCAGAAGAAUUAACUUUUUGCUGUCAUUUGUGCGGUUUUGGUUGUCACGGAGGUUACCCGAUUAAAGCUUGGGACUAUUUCAGGCGGCAUGGUCUCGUAACCGGAGGAGAUUAUAAAUCGAGUGAGGGUUGUAUGCCGUACCGAGUCUCACCAUGCAUUCGUGAUGAAUAUGGAAAUAACUCGUGUAGGGGUCAGCCAAUGGAAAAAAAUCACAGAUGUACAAGAAUGUGUUAUGGGGAUCAAGAAAUCGACUUUGUAAAUGACCACAGAUACACUAGAGACUCUUAUUACCUUACAUAUGGAUCUAUUCAAAAGGACGUUAUAACUUAUGGACCGAUUGAAGCGUCGUUUGAUGUAUAUGACGAUUUUCCUAGUUAUAAGUCAGGUGUUUAUGUGAAAUCGGAAAAUGCUACAUUCUUGGGUGGCCAUGCUGUGAAGUUAAUCGGCUGGGGUGAAGAAUAUGGAGUCCCAUAUUGGUUAAUGGUCAACUCUUGGAAUGAAGAUUGGGGAGAUCAUGGUACUUUCAAAAUUCGACGAGGUACAAACGAAUGCAGAGUUGAUAAUUCGACAACUGCUGGUAUACCAGUGACUUACUAAGUGAAACAAUUAAAAUUAAAUGUAUUUUCUUGUUCGAGAUUUAAAAAACAUCAGAUUAAAGUUUUUAGUUACAUUGACAAAAUGUUAUUAUUAAUAUGAUUGCUGAUUAUUAGUUUUAAUAAGAUUAUAGAUUUUAUUUAUUUUUUAUCGAAUUAAUAAUAUAUUUAUGCAUGUCAGUUUAAAAAAAAAAAGUCGGCAAGUGGGUACCGCUCUGCUGUACAUUAGGGGGUAGGGUGGACCUCGGACUAUAGUAGGUUUAAUUUUAAUGCAAUAAUAGGUAUCAUUGUAUACGAAAAACGAUUCUGAACGGAGAUGAUUUGUCAGUCUAGAAUAUUUAACGUUAGAUAUAAUUAUAAACAAUUUUAUGAAUUUUGAACUACAAAAUAAUUUGCAAAUAUUCAUGAUUUUGACGAGUUUUUGUCAAAAUUUGAACUUCAAAUGCUAAUAAAAAAAAAUUGUGCCUAUGUAUUCUUAUAAUUUUUUUAUCGCUAUAAGAAUAACAUAUGAGUAACUUUGUAUAAAAUUUUCAAGUAUUUUGAUAGGGCCAAAAAAAUUUUAUCGACACUUCAAAAAAAAAUUUUCAGAAAAAUUAAAAAUUUCAUUCGUCUAUAAAUAGCUCAAAAAAAGUCAAAAUAUUUUGAAAAUCAAAUCACGUAAAGAAAAUGACAAUAUAAAUAACUGGUAAAAUUUUUAAGUAUUUACGACUUAUACUAUUUGAAUAACAACAAAUAUCAAAAAUCGUUUGAGGCUAAACCGUUAUUUAACGCGGUUUUGUAAAAAUUUAAAUUUCAAACACUCAUAAAAAUAUUUUGUUUGAAUUCGGUAGAGUUUUUUUUUUGAUAUUUGAAGAAAAAUUUUUGGAGAACCUUGUACCAAACUUUUAAAACUUAGUUAUAAAAAAAAAAUUUUUACGAUUUUCCAACCACAAAAUUACUUACAAAUUUUCGCAAUUUUGACAUAUUUCGUAUAAAUUCGAAAUUUAAGUACUUAUAAAAAAAAAUUGUGACUAACGAUUUCGGAUUUUUUUUUUAUCACUUUAAGAACAACUUAUAAGAAACCUUGUAUUAAAUUUUCAAGAUUUUCUGGUCAGCCAAAAAAUUUUUAUCGUUAUUUAAUAAAAAAAUACUUAGAAAAAUUGAAAAUUUCUUUGAAAAUUUAACUGUGUACGGAGAGCGCUAAUAUAAACAUUUGGUGAAAAUUUCAAGUAUUUACAUCGAUUAGUUUUUGAGUUAUAGCAAAAUAAAAAAAUCGAUUUUGACGUAAACUGGUUUUGCGUAAAAAAAUCCCAUUUUUCCCUCAUUUUUUUGGGUUUUUCUCGAUUCAUUUCAAAAAUAUUGAAAAUUUUUAACUUUUGACUCCCCAAAGUACCAACUAGAUUCAAUUUCUUUUUCAAAGAGGGGCUGAAGUCAAAAAUCGAAGCAUUUUUACUGCUCCAAAUGUUGUCGACAGACACAAAAAAAAAAACAAAAAACAUACAUCAUUGUAAAAUCAAUACAUUCAUCACUCCGAUCAGAAUCUAAAAUGUUUUACAAACGAGAUAUUUUGUCAAAAAAAAUGUUCAAUGCUGUAUUUGAAAUCAGAUGAAUAUACCAUAUAUUUUCUAACA